CUCUAAGCUACUGUAUUUUUAAAAAAUGUAUCCAUUAGAAAACUGUCUGAAUUUGAGUUAAGAAUCUGUUACAUUUAAUUGCAACAUUAACUGCUUAACUGCUUUGUUGUGGUUUACUUAGUAGGAGAGGCUUUACAUCUGAAAGAAUUGUAACAGAAGUAUCUACAUCUUAACAGUAUCUACAUCUUCUGGAUAUCAAAAUCUGGCUGGAUCCUUCCUCCUAUGUUUGCCAAAAUGUUUGUGCAGGUGUUAUAUAAUUACAUAUUUAUACCACUUGUGUACUGUGGGCCACCUCAACAUAUUGGACUUACCACUGGUGGCAGGCAGCGUGGACAGCGGGUAAUAUGAAUAAUUUAAAACCUGCAUUGAAAGAAGCUGCUCAAAACUACAUAUCAAAUGUGCGAUCUGUGUGCUUUCAGGAAGCUGUGCCAUUGUGUUGCAGUGCUAUGGAAACAUCUCUUGAUGGUAACACAUAGUGAACUUUUGCAAUAUGACUCGGGUGGCAAGUGUUGGCUACAAAAAAAUUCCUUCCUUCUCAGCUAGGAGUUACGUUCUACCUGGGACAGACUCCGGAGUGAAACUGCUGAUUAUGAUGAUACUUAGCAAUUAUACUACGAUAAGUUAAUUACAGAGGAACAGUCCAAUGGCUGUGGUUUGCUUUGGCUGGAAUGCAUUAAUUUAUAAUGGGAAGAAAGGUGAUGGCAUCUUCUGAGCAGCACAGGUGAAAUACUGAUAUUCUCCUGCGGUCUAAUAUGGGCGCAAGCGCUUCCUUUUCAAUUUGUAAAUCAUUAUCAUCUGUUCAAGUGAGGCACACAACAAAUAAAGUCUCACCAGAUCCACAGAUUGACAGAGAAAGAAGAACAUUUGGUGUUCCUCUGGAAGCUCUCAUACAGGAUGCAACACAAUGUGGAGUCCCUUUUCUCGUCACACAGAUGGUGGAGUACCUAGAAGUAUUUGGUUUGCAGCAUGUUGGUAUAUUUCGAAUCAGUGGUUCAGUGAAUAAAGUCAAAGAAUUGAAGCAAAAGUACAAUCAAGGAGAAAAGGUAGACCUCAUUAAUCAUGGAGAUGUUGAUUCUGUAGCCAGCCUUCUGAAACUGUUUCUAAAAGAACUGCCAGUGGCUGUUUUUCCAGACAAUGUCUGUGGUGGCCUGCUAAAAACUUUCCAAGAGCACAAAAUCCACACAACAGAAUGCAUAAAGAAUCUGAGACAGUUACUCAGCUGCUUGCCUGAAGCCCAUCAAAACCUUCUGCAGUUCCUGUCUGCUUUUCUGUUAAAGAUAGCAACAUACAGUGCAGUGAAUUUCAUGACUCUGGAAAACCUAGCCGUUGUGUUUGGACCUGCUCUUUUCAAGAUCCCUGUCAGUCCCUUGGCUUGUGAAGAACAAAGGCUUUACAACGGCCUCCUGCUGUAUUUGCUUCAACACCAUGAGAAGCUUUUUGUUGAUCUGAACCCUGGUUUCUCACCAAGUCAAGCAGAUGAUCUUCAGGAGAACAAUAAAGAAGAUGAGGAGAGAGACAGAUCUGCAUUAUUAAGCAUUCAGGAUAAUUCCUUCAACACCACAGCUUUAGCAGAGUGUGACAGGAAUUCAGACUCUGUACAUGAAGAUCAAGUGGCCAGUUGCAGUGCCAGAGAUGAUGAUAACAAAGAAAAUUAUCUGGACAACACUGCUGUUUUAGGAGAAAGGCAGCUGCCUUUGCAAGACAACCAGCAGCAUAAAGAGCAGACAGUAACUGACUAUGCUCUAAAGCCUGACAUGGGCAACUUAAAGCUAAGAAAGCCUAAGCCCUUGGCAAAGCUGGAGAAUGGAAAAAGCCAUGAAGAAAGUCAGGAGCUGGAGAGCUCAUUGCCAGGCCUCUCAGACAGGCAGGAGAAGGAAGGAUCCUCAGCUAAUGACUAUGCACAGAACGUGUCUUUCAGAUGCCAGGAAGAAGUCGUGAGGUUUCAACCAAGUCUAGAUCAGAAAGCAUAUAUUUCACAAAAGGAAGCAACAGAGCAACUGCACAGCUUAAGUGAGAAUUCUUUGUUGAAGCUACAAGCCCUCGAAACCGAUCUGUGCUCUGCAUUUCUGCCAACCCAGGAGGAAACUCCUCAGCUGCCGGCACCCAAGGAUCCAACCCCUUCAUCAGUCCAAACCAGUGUGCAUCCUGAUGGGGCCAGUUGUGGAGACCAAUAUCACUUCAUUUCUCCUAUUAUUGAUUUUAGUUUAAUGCAUCAGCAGAGAGAUAGUGAAGAGCCUUUACCAGCCCAGAGAGACUGGCAGAAUGACAUGGACAGCAGCCCACAAGAACAUCACUCCCUAGGGACCAGUCGACUCCUGUAUCACAUUACUGAUGGAGACAAUCCUCUUUUGUCACCACGCUGCUCUAUCUUUAGCCAAAGCCAGAGAUUUAAUCUAGACACAGAGUCUGCCCCUUCUCCACCAAGUGCUCAACCUUUCAUGACACCAAGAAGUUCUUCUAGAUGUAACUGUGAAGAGUGCAAAGAACCACAAACAAUAGCACAACUUACCAAGCAUCUUCAGAGUCUGAAGAGAAAAAUCAGAAAGUAUGAAGAAAAGUUUGAGCAAGAAAAAAAAUACCUGCCUUCACAUGGUGACAAAACUUCAAAUCCUGAAGUUCUAAAAUGGAUGAAUGAUUUGGCCAAAGGUCGCAAGCAGCUCAAAGAGCUGAAACUCCGAAUGUCAGAAGAACAAAACCGUACCUCCAGAGCACCCCAAAGAAAUGAUCAUUGUGAAAGUACUGGGACCUCUAAGGAGACUGGGACACGGGAGGCCACAAGCAUGGAACCAGCUCCAUCAGUAGAAGAAACCAUGGAUGGUGUACUGAGACGACUAAAGGAGAAAAGACAACACUUCAACAUUCCAGAGACUAUUAAGGAUAUGACAAAAAAGCAAAUGGCUUUGGAAAAAAUCAGCCUUCAGAAAUGCCUACUAUAUUUUGAGAGUAUUCAUGGACAGCCUGUAACUAAACAAGAAAAGAGUCUUAUGAAGCCUCUUUACGACAGAUAUAGAAUUAUCAAGAAGCUCCUUGCAACUCCAUCUUUGAUCACAACAAUUCAGGAAGAAGAAGACUCAGAUGAAGACCAUUCUCAAAGCAGCCAUGAGCUAUCAUCUGGUCCGAUAUCUUGCCUUCCUGUUAAUGAGCAUCUGUGUUACUCUCAGGAGGACAGCGAGCCUGCGUAUGUUUCACCACUGGAUGAAAAGAAAGUUUUCAGACAAACAGCCCUGUCUAUGUCCAACUUACAUGAGGCAACAAUGCCUGUUCUACUUGAACAUCUCCGAGAAACAAGAGCAGAUAAAAAAAGGCUUCGCAAGGCUCUGAGAGAGUUUGAAGAACAAUUCUACAAGCAGACAGGAAGGAGUCCUCUAAAAGAAGAUCGUGUACCAAUGGCAGAGGAAUACUCUGAAUACAAGCACACAAAAGCCAAAAUCAGGCUUUUAGAGGUUCUCAUCAGUAAGCAUGAUGUUUCCAAAACAAUUUGAAAUUAAUGCAAUGAUGUGGUGUUAUUCUCUAGCAAAACAUACAAGAAACAGAACAAAAAAAAAAAGAGGCAGUUGUCUUACAGGUCUUGGUCUGCUGCACAAUUAUUUGACACACUGAGAUUUUUUGAUGCACUUUACCAAUUAUACAAGCUGGGAUGAGCGAGGACAGCAAUAUACGAGAAUAUUAAGUGUGGGUGAGUGAACUAUAGUAUAUAUUUUUUUUCCUUUUGAAAAGCCUUGAAGUGCACUGUGAAAAUGUUAGAAAUUAAAAGGACAUUGAAGCAUGGUUGAGACUCAGUUUGACCUGUUCUUAGGUUUAAAAAGUGUGAAGAAAUGCUCUCCAGGUUUCUAGUAUAUCUUAGUAUUUGGUAAUGUACCACACAUUUCUUAGCAGGAUUUACAUGCACUGUAAUUAACUAUUGCUGUUGGUUCUCAAGAUAAGAGUUGCCAUUCAGUUCCAGUAGCUUCAAAGAAAGGUGCGUACACAAAACUAGUGCCAGGAUUUGGUCUAUAAUUCUGAGAGUAGAGCAAAGUGAUGCUGCCUAUGCAAAAAAGAAAAAAAAAAAAAAAAAGAGCGAGAGAGAGAGAAAGAAGGAAUUAUGGCUGCCAAAUGGAGACAGUGGAGAUAGUGGGUUUUUUUGGUUUUUUUUUUUUAGAAAUAAGAGCAAGCAUUUGGCAAAAUAAACAAGUAGUCUACUGGGAAGAGAUAAAAACAAAGGUACUGGAUGCUGUCCUUUUCACUACGGUUUACAGGACCUGGCUUGUGGUACAUAAAAUUCAGUAAAUAGGUCAACUACAUGCUAAUUUUCAUUUCUGUAUUGAACUUUUGCACUUUAUUUUGCCUGAUGCUAAUUUGCUUUUCUAAUUACCAAAGCUUGUUUAGAAGCAUGCACUUUGUAAAAAUGUCAAAGUAUUUCCUGUGUUAUAAAUUACCAUAUAUAUAUAUAUAUAUAAAAGACAAGACUAGAUUAUUGCAUUAUGCUAAGAUAUUUUGGAUAGAUUAAAGUACAUGUUAUAUAAGUGAGUGUCACAGUUAUCUGAUGAGGAACGCUAGACUUCUCAUUUACUAUAAAUAAGAUUAUAAAAAAGAUAUUUUUCCAUUGGAAUUAUGCAUCUUUCUUAACUUUCAGAGUACCACACUUUGUAAUAUUAAGGAUUUUUUUUUCACUAUUUGUGAUAAACCAUUUGUGUUAAAAGUGAACUGUUAACAGGAGGCUUAUCAACAUUUUUGUACUGCAAAUGAAAACCAGGGAUUUGUGGAAAUACCUAUCCCAGACAUAAAGGAAGGAAGAAUGAAAACAGAAAAAGGGACUUCAGUAAGUUGAAUCAUGUUUAGUGUUCUGCUUUAACUGUCAUUUUGUAUUGACCACAUAGUAUAAGCAACCUGUUUUCUAUCUAUCUUGGUAAGAAAAAAUUCAUUUUAUAAAGCCUAUUAUGUACCAACCACGUUUGUACUUCUAUUGUAUGUAAUGGCUCAGCAUGAUUUUGAAGAUGUACGUACCUGUCUUCAAGUAGCUUGGAGGAAAAAGUAUGACAACUAAAAAUUAUUUUUUUUAUUUCUUAGAGGUUUGUUGUUUCAGUGUACUGAUUUAAUAAUUUGUAACUUUUAUGAAUCAGAAUGGUCUCCUUCGUAAAUCUGUUUUAAUUAAAGUCAUCUAGAGCAACAGGAACAGAUACAGAGCUAUUUGAAGUUUACAAACUACAUCUUUGAUAAGGGAAAAUGAUUUCAUGACAUGUAUACAAUUGAUAUUAAAAUGUGAUCUAUAUAUUCUAUAUGAUUGUAUAAUAUUUUAUACAACAGUACAAAUAAAAUAUUUUUCUAUUAUA